UACGGAGUUACCAAGGUAACUGGGCGGUGCCUGAGCGGGCGGGAAGGAGGCGUUCGUCUAGAUUUUGUCCGCUUGCAGGGAGACUUCAGGAGUCGCUCUCUUUGAAAUUCCGGCCUCUGAGACCGCCGCCCCUGUUUCCAAGGGCCAUGGGCCGGGUCUCAGGGCUCGUACCUUCUCGCUUCCUGACGCUCCUGGCGCAUCUGGUGGUCGUCAUCACCUUAUUCUGGUCCCGGGACAGCAACAUCCAGGCCUGCCUGCCUCUCAGGUUCACCCCCGAGGAGUAUGAAAAGCAGGACAUUCAGCUGGUGGCCGCGCUCUCUGUCACUCUGGGCCUCUUUGCAGUGGAGCUGGCCGGUUUCCUUCUAGGAGUCUCCAUGUUCAACAGCACCCAGAGCCUCAUCUCCAUUGGGGCUCACUGUAGUGCAUCCGUGGCCCUGUCCUUCUUCAUAUUUGAGCGUUGGGAGUGCACUACGUAUUGGUACAUUUUUUUCUUCUGCAGUGCCCUUCCAGCUGUCACUGAAAUGGCUUUAUUCAUCGCCAUCUUUGGGCUGAAAAAGAAACCUUUCUGAUCACCUUCCUGAUGGUCGAAGGCUACAUGGGAGGCCGCUUCGUAUUCCUGGAAGAAGAAAGGCAUAGGCUUCAGUCUUCCCCUUGGAAACUGCUUCUGCUAGAGGAUAUGUGUUGGAUGUAUGGGAUUAUCAGCAUUGUAUUUAGUGUUUUGUAAUAAAAUAUGUUUUGUAGUAA